CCCCACUGCAGGCCCCAACAUGGCGCCGUUCCUGCGCAUCGCCUUCAACUCCUAUGAGCUGGGCUCCCUGCAGGCCGCAGACGAUGCAAGCCAGCCCUUCUGUGCCGUGAAGAUGAAGGAGGCGCUCAGCACAGAGCGUGGGAAGACGCUGGUGCAGAAGAAGCCCACCAUGUACCCUGAGUGGAAGUCGACAUUCGAUGCCCACAUCUACGAGGGCCGCGUCAUCCAGAUCGUGCUGAUGCGGGCCGCCGAGGAGCCAGUGUCUGAGGUGACCGUGGGUGUGUCAGUGCUGGCCGAGCGCUGCAAGAAGAACAACGGCAAGGCCGAGUUCUGGCUGGACUUGCAACCCCAGGCCAAGGUGUUGAUGUCUGUGCAGUAUUUUCUGGAAGACAUAGAUUGCAAGCAGUCUCUUCGGGGUGAAGACGAGGCCAAGUUCCCAACGAUGAACCGCCGCGGAGCCAUCAAACAGGCCAAAAUCCACUACAUCAAGAACCAUGAGUUUAUCGCCACCUUCUUUGGGCAGCCCACCUUCUGUUCUGUGUGCAAAGAGUUUGUUUGGGGUCUCAACAAGCAAGGCUACAAAUGCAGGCAAUGCAAUGCUGCCAUCCACAAGAAAUGCAUCGACAAGAUCAUUGGCCGGUGCACCGGCACCGCGGCUAACAGCCGGGACACCAUAUUCCAGAAAGAACGUUUCAACAUCGACAUGCCACACCGGUUCAAGGUUUACAACUACAUGAGCCCCACCUUCUGUGACCACUGUGGCAGCCUGCUCUGGGGGCUGGUGAAGCAGGGAUUAAAGUGUGAAGACUGUGGCAUGAACGUGCACCACAAGUGCCAGAGGAAGGUGGCCAACCUCUGUGGCAUCAACCAGAAGCUCUUGGCUGAGGCGUUGAACCAAGUCAGCCAGAGACCCACCCGGAGGUCGGAGUCCGGGCCUUCAGAGUAUGUUGGGAUCUACCAGAAUUUUGAGAAGAAGCCAGGAGUCUCUGGAGAUGAUGCCCCAGACAGCAGUACCUAUGGCAAGAUCUGGGAGGGCAGCAACAGGUGCCACAUUGAGAACUUCAUCUUCCACAAGGUCCUGGGCAAAGGCAGCUUCGGGAAGGUGCUGCUUGCAGAGCUGAAGGGCAAAAAGGAGUUCUUCGCCAUCAAGGCUCUCAAGAAGGACGUGGUUCUGAUCGAUGAUGACGUGGAGUGUACCAUGGUGGAGAAGCGGGUGCUGGCGCUCGCCUGGGAGAAUCCCUUUCUCACCCACCUCUUCUGCACCUUCCAGACCAAGGACCACCUGUUCUUUGUGAUGGAGUUCCUCAACGGGGGGGACCUGAUGUACCACAUCCAAGACAAAGGCCGCUUCGAACUCUACCGUGCCACGUUUUAUGCAGCUGAGAUAAUCUGUGGACUGCAGUUUCUACACAACAAGGGGAUCAUUUACAGGGACCUCAAGCUGGAUAAUGUGAUGCUGGACCAGGACGGCCACAUCAAGAUUGCCGACUUCGGGAUGUGCAAGGAGAACAUAUUUGGGGAGAAACAGGCCAGCACCUUCUGCGGCACCCCUGACUAUAUCGCCCCUGAGAUCCUGCAGGGCCUGAAGUACUCGUUCUCCGUGGACUGGUGGUCCUUCGGAGUCCUUGUCUACGAGAUGCUCAUUGGUCAGUCCCCUUUCCACGGUGACGAUGAGGAUGAACUCUUCGAGUCUAUCCGUGUGGACACACCGCAUUAUCCCCGCUGGAUCACCAAGGAGUCCAAGGACAUCCUGGAGAAGCUGCUUGAAAGAGACCCAACCAAGAGGCUGGGAGUGACAGGGAACAUCAAAGGCCACUCCUUCUUCAAGACCAUCAACUGGACUCUGCUGGAGAAACGUGCGGUGGAGCCGCCCUUCAAGCCCAAAGUGAAGUCCCCUGGAGACUACAGCAACUUCGACCAGGAGUUCCUGAACGAGAAGGCGCGCCUCUCCUACAGUGACAAGAACCUCAUUGACUCCAUGGACCAAGCAGCGUUCGCUGGCUUCUCCUUUGUGAACCCCAAAUUCGAGAGGCUGCUGGAAAAGUGAGGUUCCCAGACGUGCCCCCCAACCCACCCCAGCCAGGGAGCCUGGGUCAGCCAGCACUGCCCGCCCACGCAGCCUGGGCAGAGCAGGCUGGGGCCCCCUCUUCAUCGGCACCUGCCAGCCGCCCACAAUGAGCAACAGUGUGAUUGUCAUGAUUUCUGCCGCUGCCCUCUUGUCACCCCGAGGAGGGGCCUCGGCUCCUGUCUGGCUGGGCUCUUAUGGUACUUCCUCUGUGAACUGUGUGUGAAUUUGCCUUUCCUCUGCCCUCAGAGGGAAAUUGUAAAUCCUGUGUUUCAUUACUUGAAGGUAGUUAUCUAUUGAAAAAAUAUAUAUAUAUAU